GUCAAAACAAUGGCAAACAUGUUCAUUUUUCUGACCGACGUAAACCCACUUACUCAGCUGCUGUACUUUUAAAUUAUAUGCGUUCUCGUUUUCAACGUAGUCUGUGUAUUGUUAGGUAUGCCGUGAAUACUGAGCCUACGUGUGUUAUGAUGUGUUAUUUCAAGAACUUUCUUUGAUGUGGCUAGCAAGCUGAACUCACUCAUUUCAUUGCUAGCUAGCUAACUGCAAAAUUCAACCGUCAAGUUAACAUGUCAAGUGAGUGAUAACUUUAGAUAAUGAAAUUUUGAAAAAAAUAGUUAGGAGUUGCCUAGCUCACUUCUACCCUUGGUCGAUUCGAUGUCUAGGGUUAAAUUAUAUUGUUCAAAUAUAAAGCCCCCCCCCCCCUUUUUUUUUACCCGUGAACAAGAUAGCUAACUAGCGGUAGCUAAUUGUACUGAGCUAGGCAGUUCGUAUGCAGUAUCUAACAUUAUCUAGUUUGCAUAUUUUCUCAGCAACACUACAAUGUUAUCCACCUAACUGGUUAAUCAACCUGCAGUCUCUGCCAUGGCUUGCAGUUCAGGAAAUGCAAAAAUGUCAACUUCCAAUGCUAAUACACCGGUACUACCACCGCCACAGGGAAACGUAGAUCAGACUAUGAAGCCAGUUUUGUUUGAGAUCUUUGGAGAAAUGUGGAACGUUCAGGUUCGGUUAGGACAGGGUGUUUCAGCAUCCGUUUACCGAGUCAGCUCUGGUCGAGCAAGUAUGGCUGCAGUAAAGGAAUUUCAAGUGGAUGCACAAGGUGGAGAUUACGGGUAUCUUAAAGAAAGAUCCGUGCUGGAGAACAUUCAGGGGCACAAAAAUAUCGUGACGCUGUAUGGGGUGUUCACCAAUCACAACCCGCUUGGCAUAGCCACACACUGCUUACUGCUGGAGCUUUUGGAUGUAAGUGUGUCAGAGUUGCUUGUGAGAGCUAGCAACCAGGGCCACUCCAUGUGGCUGAUCCAGCACUGUGCCCGUGAUGUCCUGGAGGCCCUCUGUUUCCUGCAUCGUGAGGGCUAUGUGCAUGCUGACCUCAAGCCUCGCAACAUCCUCUGGAGCCCUGACGACGAGUGCUUCAAACUCAUUGAUUUUGGCCUCAGCUUUAAAGAGGGCCACCAGGAUGUGAAGUACAUCCAGACGGAUGGGUACCGUGCCCCUGAGGCAGAAGUGCAGAACUCUCUGGCCCAGGCUGGGCUGGAGGGAGACUCAGGCUGCACGUCUGCUGUGGACCUGUGGAGCCUGGGUAUCAUCUUGCUGGAAAUGUUCUCAGGAAUCAAACUGAAAGAAACUGUUAAGUCUCAGGAAUGGAAGGACAAUCCUGCUGCAAUAGUAGAUCACAUCUUUUCAAGCAAUUCUGUGGUUUACCCUGCAAUCCCUGUCUAUCAUCUAAGAGAUCUUAUAAAAAGCAUGCUUCACAGCAACCCUAGUAGCAGAAGCACAGCUGAAGCUGCACUGAUCAGCCCCUUCUUCAGUAUUCCUUUUGCACCUCACAUUGAAGACUUGGUUUUGCUGCCCACUCCUGUCCUCAGACUGCUCAAUGUGAUUGAUGACAGUCAUUUAUACAAUGACGAUGAAUAUGAAGACAUUAUUGAAGACAUGAGGGAAGAAUGCCAAAAGUAUGGUUCAGUCAUAUCCCUGUUGAUUCCAAAAGAAAACCCUGGCAAGGGCCAGGUCUUUGUAGAGUAUGCAAAUGCUGGAGACUCCAAAGAAGCCCAGAGGCAGCUGACAGGCCGUACGUUUGAUGGCAAAUUUGUGGUGGCCACCUUCUACCCACUGAGUGCCUAUAAGAGAGGGUAUCUUUACCAAACAGUACAGUGAUGGGCUACAUGCACAAAUGCGUGCACACAUACAAUGUAUUCCAGUAUGAAGGUUGCUUAGUAGCUAUGAAGCCCACACUGUGUCUGUCUAGAUAACUGUCUGUACUUUAAGUGUUUGCCUUUUAAUAUAUAGCAUUAUGAAAGGUACUUAAACAUAUGUGGUGUGAAUACUGAUAGUGGUGUCCUCUUCCUUGAUUUAAAGCUUAAUUGGUGGCAUGCUUUCAUCAUGCAAUAAGGACUCACCUGUGUUCCUUGUAACACUGGAUUUACAGUAAGAAAAAACUUAAGGUGAUGGACUGUUAACAGUGAUCCAACACUGUUUUCAUACAUGCUUUAAUGCUGUGUGAAUCAUAACAAAGAUAAUAGUUUUUAUUUUUUUCUGUAUUGGUUUGCUUCUGGGGUUUGCACUGUCAAAAACAAUGACAGGUUUACAAUUAUCUCUGGACCGUCUAGAAAGUACAAAUCUUUGUAUUAUGCCCAUAUUUCUGAAUGACUGGACACACUGUCUGGUGGCAUAGUUUUAUGUCCAUUCAAGACAUUUGCAACUAUCUUAGGUUAAAAAUAGGCAGAAAAUGCAUCUACCAGAGAAAAGAGUGAGAGAAAGCACAGAUGAGUUUAAAAAAAUACAAAAUAGUUGUAUGUUCUUUUUACCUCAAGUUUACUUGGGGUCUUUAGUUUUUGUAAAAGGCAAAACCUUCAGUGUUGGUUUAGGCCGUGUUUAGCCCAAAUUCCUUUUAGACCCCUUUCCUUAAGUUUCUGUGGGAUGGUAAUUUUUACACGGAACAUAAAUUUCCAUGGUGUCUUGUUAGUUUAAAUGUUAAUUUGUUCUGAAACACUUUUGAACCCACUUGUGCAGUAUUUGCUCUUAAUUGUGUGAAUGGAGAUCUCUUAUUGUACCAUUCAGCGUUGGAAUUGGGAAAGUUGGAGAACAUAGUUACGCUUGUCUGUAGGGUUCAGUACACUACAACUGUGAAUACUACCUUAACGCAUGGAUUAAUUAUCCUGUCUUUAUACAAACUCUAGUAUUGAGACACAUGCAUUUUGCUGUAUAACAGCUAUGUUUCGGUAGCACAGUUUUUAUAGGUUCUUAAAAUCUAGCUUUAUGUAAUCAGUAUUGCUCCACAUGCCUGUAGUUUCUCAGUUUGAAUGUAGGCUGUGUGGCACACAAAGGCGUUUCCCUUCCUGCUUCUGUUGGCGCGUUUGCUUUCAUCUAGAACAGUAAAGGUACUUAAUGGUACAACUGUAGCUUAAAUUUUUUUUUUCCUUUUUUUUUUUUUUUUACAUUUUAAAGCCACUAACAGUGAUUUUCAGAAUGACAGAUUCCAUUACUGAAUGAAUAAACAAACAAACAAAAAUAUCCUAAAUAAGUCUAAAACUUUAUGUUCACAAGUAGAGCACUGUACAUCAUUACACGUUGUUUGUAAGCAUUAGUGUAAAAACAUAGUUCAGCUUGGUUAACAUUGCAGUGUUGGGUACUAUUUUGUCUUAUAGGAAUAUAUCGUGUAAACAAAAUAUGCUUUAGGAUUUUCUGGUGGUGAGACUGUGUGGAAACUAAUAUUCUGCAUGACUUUUUGUUUAAUUUUAAAAAUGCACUAGAAGCUACUCUGAGACUCCCUCUUCAGCAAUGAGAUGCAGUUGGAUUUGUUUGUUUACAGUUCCUCUCUGCUCCAGAUGAGCCUGGUUUGUGUAGUCUUCCAGGCUUCCCAUCUACAUGAGCCCCUAUUUAAAGGGCAAAGCUAUUCCCACCUCAGUCUCUGGUGUUGCAGUAUAAGACAUUGUGGGGAAAGCAAUGGAUUGGGCAGUUUUUGAUGGAAAGGUCUUAGUUGUUAUGGUUUAGAUUUUGCACAUUACUACUGAUCUAAAACUUUUGAUUGUUGCCUAUUUAGUUUGCAAAUUUUUUUCUGUGGAGGAAUUGGACAGUGCUCUGCAAAAAACAACAACAACUAGGUUAAAGUUUUCAAAGGAACAUUUGAUAAGGUGUUUGUUUUUAAGAUUUUGUGGAAGUCUGUGCAUUGAGUUCAGCGCUAUGCUUUGAACACUAGAUUUCUGGUUCUUUUGAUAGAAUAUAAUUUGUUGGAUUUGCUGGUUUCUUCAGUGUGCUAUUUUACAGUUUACUCUUUCUUCAGAAGGCAAAUUAAUAACAUGGAAACUUCUGAGAAAGAGAUCUAGUGGUACAAGUUGGCUUUAUCCCUACGUUUAUAGAUUACAGACCUAAUCAAUAUUGCUUUUUCAAAAGGUUUUUAAAAUAUUCAAAAGGUUACAAUAAUGGCUACAAUUGCAGGAACCAUAGAGUACCAGAUUAAUUCAUAUAAAGUUGAGCUUUCCAUAUGAAAUUUUUUUUACAUCAGACCAAAUAUCAUAACUUAGCAAAUGAUACCCUCCAUGGCAUGUACAGAAGUGAUUCCAAAAGCUGUAUGUCUAAUGUGCAAGACAGCAACAUUCUUGGAUUCCUACUUCCUCUUGAAGGAGCUACAGGAAAGCUACACUUUACAAUAAGCACACAAUGAAUCAAAAAUGAAAAAUAACAUUUGUCUAGACAAUACCUCAAGAUGCAGAAGAUUAACAGAGUUGUAAAGUACCAUUGACAGAGUUAGGACAUGUUGUGGAUAGCCUCUCCAAGUCUUAAAAAAGGACUUGUGAAGAAUUGACUAUGAAUACAUGCUGUGAAAUUUGGGCUAUUUUUGUAAUCCAGAGUGGGUCAUGCAAAUGCAUGUUUACAUAUAAUUGGCCAGACUAGGU